AUGUCAUUGGUCUGUUUCACAUGUCUGCUGAUGUGCCGGGUUAGGCUGUUACUUAUUUCGUAACACAACAAUGUUUAGCGUUUGAGUGCUGUUUAUGCCAUCUCUUUUGCUGUGCAAUUAGGAGUUUUUUGAGAACAACUAGCCGUACUCAAACUGGGUGGAAACUGAUCAAGUCGUAGACAGCGUUACAUUCAUCUGUACCUAGCUAACAGAAGCUAACGUUAGCUAGCUGCUUAGUCCAUAUAGGUUAUUCGUAUUUACGCUAGAAUGGGUGAGGAAAUAAACGACAACCUCAUUAAUAGCGGCAAUGGAUCUGCUAACAACACCAAUGCUGAGGAAAACGGCGAAACAGUGGGAAGUGAUGUGAAAUAUUACACAUUGGAAGAAAUAAGAGUGCACAAUAUGAGCAAUGACACAUGGCUCAUCAUCCACGAUAAAGUAUACGACAUAACAAGUUUCCUUGAAGAGCAUCCGGGAGGUGAGGAGGUUUUGCUGGAGCAGGCAGGUGCAGAUGCCACAGAAAGCUUUGAGGAUGUGGGUCAUUCCACAGAUGCCAGAGAGAUGCUCCAGCAGUACUACAUUGGGGAACUUCACAUGGAUGACAGGAAAAAGGAGAAACCAAAGGAGGUGCAUGCCACAAAUUCAGGAGAAUCCGGCUCCUGGACCACAUGGUUGAUACCUGCAAUCGUUGCAGGUGUUGUUGGUGUCAUGUAUCGCUACUACAUGUUUGAACACAAGUCCUCUUGAGUGCUGGCGUCUUGUUUUCAUCUCAUUCUUUUCAUCUGGAGGCCUUGAAAUGUUUGACCAAAACCUCCUCACACUGAAUGCACACAAUUAGGAGUGUCUGCAUCCUCUGCAACAAGAAAAGGAGGGGAGCAGUUUGAUAAAGUACUUUUGUCCUUGUCCGUCUACAUAGAGGGCACCAAAUCGACAGUUGGGCAGAGACUUUAUUAAAUUGUCUGCCUUCAGUUUCUUUGUGUUUCAUUGUCACUAUGCCUGUUGUCAUUAAUGUUAAAUGUUGUCUUUAACUUAAACUUUCAUAUGCAUUUGACCCUGUUUUGUCUCUGUAUGGUCAUUACCCAUUUUUGUGCUCAGAGAAAGGUUUUGCUAACAGCCUGGUAUACAUGCACCGUCAUUACACAGGGAGAUAAAGUGGAAAGAUUUAGGGAGAUGAUGUUAAGUAUGCAGACUGGUGAUGACAGUGACCAUUCUAUUUUUUUACAUUGACUUAUAACUUCUGAUGCAUUUUUUUUUAGUUUUAAUAAAGUGAGAAAUGUCACCACUACCUAACUUUCAAUAGUAAUCAUAAGUUUGUUCCAUUCACUCCUUACUGCACAGUUCUGCUGUUAAACAAUGCUUGUUUGCAUCACUUGGUUGUAAACACAUAAUCUUUCCAAUUAUGUAAAUGCAAUGUCAGAUUUUUGUGUCUGUUCCUUUUUGAAAAUAGUGGUGAAUUAUAUUGUAUCAGUGAUUAUUUAAAGGUAGAAUGUGUUCUGACUUUGCUGGUUUUUCUACAGAUGUGUUAUCAGGAAUUUGUGUAAAUGUUCAAAAUACCUGAUCCAUAAAUGAAUAUAAAUUUGUGUAGUAUGUAAUAAUAGAAUAAUAUUUUACUACCCAGAUAUAAUAGCUGGCAGUGAAUGAGUGAAUUCCCUUAAGAGAAAAGAAGUAUUUGUGCUGUUUAAAAUGUUUUUUUUUUUUCUCACUAUGCCAUUUGUUAUUUAACUGAUGCUUUUUCACGACCUUGUUUCAUUAUAAUGCAUCCUAAUUGAACAUUUUGGAUGAAUGGUACUGGCAACUGUCACUGAAGGGUUUGAAUUAUAUUCAGUGAAGUCUGGUGUGUGUUUAUUGUUUGGCCGCUGUUGGUAAAUUGGCAGACUUACCAGUUCUCGUUGGAGCCAUAGAUGAGCAGUUGAUUACUGCACAUAUUCAAUAAUCAAUUUUAGUUACUAGUGUUUUUUAACUUUCAAGGUUGCUGUUCAGAUUUUGGCAAUGUUGAAUAGGAUUUGGUGUAGGUAAGCUUUGCAUAGCAUUUCUAAAAUCACGUUUAUUGAAUAUUCUGAAAUAGACAUUUUAUUUAAUAUUACUAUUUAAUAUUACAAUUGAACCAUAACAGUUUGAAAUCCAUUUAUCACCUGUCAGUUCACAAAAGUUCAAAAUUUCUGAAUAUAACUUGCUGCUAUUUUUACAUUUGACUACAAUAUUAUUUGAGGAUGUCAAAAGUUAGUUUGUUGACUGUAAACAUUUGCCAUCUCUUUGCAUUUCAACUGCCAUUUCUUGUCAUUAAAACUCUGAAUAAAAUGAAUCUU